CCCCUUUUCUGCUUCUCACCUUUUGUAUUGUUGUUGUCGAUUUUUCGCAAAAUCAUUCGCAAAGAGCCAAAAAAACAAAACAACAAAACAAAAACAAACAAAAACAAACAACCAACCCGUUGCUUGAAUGCGCCUCUCGACGGCUUUGACAAUUGCGCUGCUGGCCGUCGCAUUCAUUCUAGUCGGAUGCCCACCAACUCGUGCUCUGCCCGCGCAGAAGGUCGGAGGACGGAGCGCAGGACGCGGGCGCGACAUGCAUCUCAGACGCCAGUUGAACGCUGCACAGCAACAGGACGGCGAAAACCCGUACAAUUCGACGCGAAACUUUUCGAUCGACGUGACCAUUCUCCCACUUCCGCCAGCCACACCAAACCCAACCUCCCGCACAGUCGCAGAGAUGGCAGAGAACUGCCGACAAUGCUCGAGCUUGUUCGCCCAGUUGAAGCUGCUCGCCACACUGAAUGAUCUGGACUCGCUUCGCAGCACGAUUGCCCCGUUCUGCGUCGAAGUGCUGGAGACCGUGUUCAAUGCGACCAAAAUGUGCGACGGCAUGCUGGAUCGAUAUCUAGCACCGAUGGCAGCCAACCUCCGCCAUACCACGCUGGAUGCGCAAACCUUUUGUGAACUGUUCAACUACUGUAUUGUUUUCAACACGACGCAAGAGCAGCUCGGGAACUUUCCUGCAGCAGACUCUGCCAAAGAUCGUCGUUGGCGUCGUCUUGCCCCUUCUCUGGCCAAAGUCUCGAGUCAUAUGGGACAGCUCGGCUCGACCUUGUACAGCAUGGCCAGUGAUCUGAUUUCCUCGGUUGUUGCAAGGCUGAGCAGUCGAUGGUGGAAGAGUUUGGGGCAGCUCGCGUCCCCAAAACCAGAACCAGAAGCGACGACAGGCGCCACUCCAACACACCAGCCGCCAGUCAGCCGGAACACAACCCCUCGUCGUCCUUCAUUGCAAAACAUACAAUCUCACCGUCGCUUGCCGUCUGUGACGCGCAAGACCACGUACUCUCCCAACAACACCGUCCGGCUGCUGCAACUGACCGACAUCCAUCUCGAUCUGGCCUAUGAGCCAGGGUCACCGACGAAUUGCGAUGUCGAUGUGUGCUGCCACGCGUACGAUGUUGGUUCCGGCCGCGCAGGGUACUUUGGCAAUUCGAACUGCAAUUUGCCAGAGCGCACACUCAAGUCGCUGUUUGCCUACCUCAAUGCCACGUUUGCCUACCCCGGAAAUCCAUUCCAGACGGGCGAUGCUGCCCCAAACGGACAAAUCGAUGCCGUGCUAUGGACAGGCAACAAUGCACCCGAGCAAGUCUGGGACUGCUCUUGGAAUCGAACGUUGACGGCCAACACGCGCGUUGCAAACCUGUUUCGCCAGUUCAUGCCCUCUACUCCUGUCUUCCCCGUUAUCGGGCCGCAUGACACCUACCCCGGCAAUUUGUUUGACUAUGACUCUGACCAGUACAUUCUGGACGCGUAUACCGAGCUGUGGAGCUUGUUUUUAAACUCGUCCGCGCUCUCCGACGUGGCCAAGUUUGGAGCGUACUCGGCUGUGCUCCGUCCCGGCCUUCGUAUUCUCGUUAGCAACUCAUACCAGAGCGUUCGGUUCAACUAUUACGCGGCAGUUCAAAAAGUCCAGCGUCAAAUUACGCAGCAAGUUGUGUUUUUCACCAAGAUACUGACGGACGCGAUUUCCACUGGCGAGCGGAUUGUGCUGGUCGGCAACUUGCCACCCGGCGUGAGCGAAGCCUUGCCCAACUACGGCGCAGGUGCUGUCUCGUACGUGAGCAGCAGCCCGAGCAGUUUUGCACUGAUGACGUUUGGCUACACGCAUUUCGAUAGUUUCGAGGUUUUGCACAAGCUGACUGCCGGAAAUGCGACACAAGCACCAGCCUUGAUUCUAGACGAGCCCGUUCAUGUGGUAUUCACGGCUCCCUCGCUCUCCCCGAAUGGCAAGAGAAACCCCGCCUUCCGCGUGUACACGCUGGAUGCCACCUCGUUCGAGCUGCUCGACCACGAAACAUUCUACUUUAAUCUGGAGAAGGCGAAUUCGGCCGCUGCUGCGCUCCCAGUGCCAGCGAGUGAAGAAGCGCUCGAUGCCAUUGCUCAACGCUCGUGGGACAAGCUAUACGCCAUGAAAGAAACGUACGACAUGCCAGACAUGUCUCCCCACAGUUACUGCCAGCUCAGCAAAAGCAUUCUGCGAGAUCAGACGGUUGCCAACGUUCACAACACGCUGAUGCAAUCCUCCAACGUGACCAUUCCCUGUCCGUUGGAGACCUGCGGCGUCAGCGUCUACUGCGCAACUCAAUUUGCCGUAUUUAAUUACGAUGCGGGUUGUGUGGUUGGUCUGGUCCCGCAGGACUAGAUCUCGUUUGAAGACGUUGCAGUGUUGCCACCGCUGCUUCCGGCUUUUGGUUGUUUGCUAAGCAAGCAAAGGCUCGUCGAGUUGAUGCAUUUGGCAUUAAACAAAACAAACAUCAGAGUGUAAACGCAA